AUGAUUGGAGGGGCCGCCUUUUCGGCGGUUGGCCCGCUCGUUCUGGGACAUCAAAGAGACUCUUACAGCUUUGCAGCUAGCCGCAAAACCCCCCGAAUGCGAGAUGCGAAGGUGGGUUGGGCCAAGGCCGUUACGCCGCUGGCUGCUGUUGGUGGAGAGGUGGGUAGGCAAAUGUCUGCCUGUGCGCGUGAUGAUGUGAUGAAGUGUACUGCAGAUGGACUGUGCGUCUUUACCGGUUUAGCUGAAGACUGGGAGGACAUGUUCAUGGGCCUUGGCGACAGGGUGCAAUCUGAAUGCAAGUAA